GUAAUGCGUAUCCUCCGCGUAUCUGGUGGCCACUGUACAGAACGAACGAUAUAGGUGUGUGUACCGUGUGCGUGUAAAAAUGCAUCUAGGAAUAGGAAUGUUUCCAAAACAAUAGAGAAAACGAACCCACACACACAAAAAAACCACAGCCGGUCCCCAAUUUCUGUGUCCUUUCAGUCCGCAAAGCGAUCCGAUUGGAGUCGCUGAGACUCGUGUGGUCGUGUCGUUGAGCCGUUUGAGUGACUCUCGCGAGUGACGCGCUCUGCUCUGCGUCGGUAAAGAUGGACGUGCGUACGGUAAGCUUCGUGUCGGGUGGAGUUGAGCAGGCGAUGGAGUUAAGCACGCUGCAGCAUCAGCAGCAGCAGCCGUCUAAGCAGGCUGGUGGUGCGGGUGUGCGUGCCGAACGCAGUAUCUCCGGUACCGAAAGCACAAAGCCAGUACCGACAGUACUCGGUGGACCGAACCUCUUUGCACCUUCCGCCGUUAGCUCACAGCUUCAGCGUCCACAGCCUACGGUGUUAGCGGCAUCACCAGCGCCACAACCACCACUCGCUCCUGUCGUACCUGUUGUUAAUGCGCCUCCGGCCCGUCCAUCUCAACCUCCAACGACUCGCUUUGCUUCAGAACCACGUGCCGAGGUUAAGUUUGUGCCUUCGGUGCCGCUCAAGACACCGCCGGUGCGUCCUUUGCUGCCACAGCAGCAGCAACAUCCGCAUCAGCGUGACACUGGUCCGGUCCUGUUUCCGGCCCCAAUUGCCCAUCGGCCACCACCCAUCGCUCACCAACAAGCUCCCUUCGCAAUGGAUCCAGCACGGCCCAAUCCUGGCAUGCCGCCGGGGCCACAAAUGAUGCGACCACCCGGUAACGUUGGACCGCCCAGAACGGGAACACCGACACAGCCACAGCCACCGCGCCCGGGCGGUAUGUAUCCUCAGCCUCCAGGCGUACCGAUGCCUAUGCGGCCACAAAUGCCACCCGGAGCAGUUCCCGGCAUGCAGCCUGGAAUGCAGCCCCGACCACCGUCCGCACAGGGCAUGCAGCGACCGCCCAUGAUGGGGCAGCCACCGCCCAUCCGUCCGCCCAACCCAAUGGGUGGACCGAGACCUCAAAUUUCGCCCCAAAACUCAAACCUGGGCGGUGGCAUGCCGCCGGGAAUGGUAGGACCGCCCCGUCCUCCCAUGCCAAUGCAGGGUGGAGCACCUGGUGGUCCUCCGCAGGGCAUGCGACCCAACUUCUACAACCGUCCGAUGGGUGACCCUCAGACAAGCAGACCGCCCUCAGGUAACGACAACAUGGGCGGAGGUCCUCCACCAUCAUCCGCCACUCCAUCGGUGGAUGAUGAUGAAGAUGUGGUCAUUGGACGACUCCCAGCAGACAACUCGUCCGCCCUCAACAGUCCCAAUCCGGCGAGAGCUCCGCCGCGCAACUUCACCAUGCCCGGAGCAGGUCCGGGCAUUGGCGAGAGGGAAAAGUCCAACCCCUCCAGACCACCGUCCGUGGCCGGCAGCUACGGUAAGCCGAACGACCACGAGCUGGACAGUUCCGGUGGGCGACCACCGCUGCACGCGUUGAAGGACUUUAUCAACAAAGAACCGCCCCGUCCGGGGCAGUCGCCCACCCAAUCACCUUCCCCUGGCAGCCAGCAGUCGCUGUCACCGGCAAACACGGACGAGAACUUUAGCUACCGGCCAGGAGCGAAGCCAAACUCUGGCCAGCAACAACAACAGCAGCAGCAGCAACAGCAAUACAAACUGCAACCCCCACCUGGAGGUCGGCCGAACGCACCGAACCCAUCAUCGGCCGUUAGCCCCGGUGGAGGACGUGCCGAGGGCGAUAAAGUUACCUUCCAGAUUCCGAACGGUGGUGGUGGUAGCGGUGGUAGAGAGGGAUCACAGGAGUGGAACUCGCGAUCCAGACCUCCACAGCAGCACAGCAUGCUCCGGACUGGACCGAAAUCGCUAGCGCCCGAUCACAAAGGUGACAACGAUAGCGGCGUUGACGAGUACACUCAGGAAAAGGAUCGUCCCAAUGCGCUAGCAUCGCCAGCGUCACCACUGAAGUCGCCGAGCAAGAUACCGGGACUAGCCAGAAGGCCGGAAAACAUUUCGUCCGAAAGCCGAUCGCGGAGCACCUCGAAGCAGCGCGCCAACGCGAAAACACCGGAAACGCCCUCCGACCAGCCGCUAAUCAAAAAAGUACCAAUGAACAAAAUACAGGUCGGUGGGGCACCAUCUCCGAAUCUGAAGGUCGUGAAGUCAAAGAUCGGCUCGCUGGAAAAUGCCAGCCACAAGCCGGGCGGUGGCAAUGUGAAGAUUGAAACGAAGAAGAUCGACAUCAAGGCGGCCCCACGAAUCGAAGCGAAGAAUGAUGCGUACAUACCGAAGGGUGGCGAUAAGAAGAUCAUCAGCACAAAGCUGCAGUGGAAUGCAAAGCCCAAGAUUGGGUCGUUGGAUAAUGCUAGCCACAAACCGGGCGGCGGGGACAAGCGCAUCGAGUCGAUCAAGACGGACUUUAAGGAGCGGGCAAAACCGAAAAUCGGUUCCAAGGAUAACAUCACGUACAAACCCGGCGGUGGUGACGUGAAGAUCGUACACCAGAAACUAGACAUCAAGGCGGAAAGUAAGAUCGGCUCACUGGACAACCUCAAACACAAGCCGGGCGGCGGUGAUAAGAAGAUCUUCGACGACAAGGAGUAUCUGAAGAACAUUGAGCAUCCGAUCACGCCCAGUCCUUCCUCGCAGCUCGAUGGAACGGAAGAAUGCAGCUACAGUAGCAACGCCGCCGAAGCCGAGCUGGAGUAGCUUUGCUAAAUCAUAAUACUGGCUUAUGUCUACACACAAUCACAUACUCACACACACACUGCUCUUGAUCUGCUUGCUGUAGCUCGAUGUGCACGCCGCCCCGCCACUGUCCAACGCCACCGGUAGUGAAUUCUACCCCCGCAGAGAGAGAGUGUCGUUUGGGCAGAAGAGCAGACGAUCGCUAUUGCUGCACACAUAGUACUCUGCACCAUCGUACAACAUCGAUUUGUUCGUUUCAUUUCGAAUUGUAGGUGACUCUGCUCAACCGUUGUUCUAGAAGAGGAAAAGAAUGUUGUUUGCGCGUGUCUUUAUAUGUUUGUGUGAUGUGAUGUUUGUUUGUGUGGUUGUUUGUUUUCGCGUUCUAAAAUUAAAAUGUGCUCAAAAUUUUGUAUAUUUUCUCCCUUUAUUUUCGAUUGGAUUUCUUGUUUCUUUUUUUACCUUUUGUUG